AUGGAUCAGAAGAAAAAUUGGAUAGAUGAGUUUCAUCCUUCAUCUUUUACAAAUCCUAUAGAAAAGCUAAACAUACUUCUCCCCAAACAAGGCACUCCGCAACAGUUGGCGACUUCAUCUCAGCAAUUACUCAACCAGUUUCAAUCUACGUUAAACAACAAUCUUUCUGUUUUAAACCAUCAAAUUCAGCAAAUAUGUGGUACUUUACCUCGUUUGCCAACCAUGAUUUCGGCCCUAGAUCAUGACAGUCGACAUCUUUCGGAUACUUGCGACUCCUCUCUUUUCAAGGAAGACUCUCUGAACUCUCUUCGGGAAAUUGAAACGAUUCGAAAGAACUUAGAACUCACAAUUGCUGAGGUUGACAAACAAUCUUAG